CGAGGUCCAAGCUGCACUUGCCGCCCCGUGGAGGACGAGGAGGAGGCAGGAGCAGUGACGGUGUCGCCGAGGAGCCGGACUGCCGGCACGCAGAGCCGACCGGCCUGGCCCCCGCGGCCCUCUCCCGCCUCUCUCCCAUUGUGUUGGAAUCCUAAAAAGAAAAAAUAUAACAACAACAAGAAAAAGACUAAGAUUGUGACAAAGACACAACUGGGUUUAUAUUUUAUUUUCUUCUGGGCUCUCUUGGUUAUAUACUCCUUUCCAUCUGGUGCUGCAACAAUGAGUGGGAAAUCCCUGCUCUUAAAGGUCAUUCUCUUGGGUGAUGGUGGAGUUGGGAAAAGCUCACUCAUGAACCGUUAUGUAACCAAUAAAUUUGACUCCCAGGCUUUUCACACCAUAGGGGUAGAGUUCUUAAAUCGAGAUCUGGAGGUAGAUGGACGUUUUGUAACUCUCCAGAUCUGGGACACUGCAGGGCAGGAACGUUUCAAGAGCCUUAGGACACCCUUCUACAGGGGAGCAGACUGCUGCCUCUUGACCUUCAGCGUGGAUGACCGGCAGAGCUUUGAGAACCUUGGUAAUUGGCAGAAAGAAUUCAUCUACUACGCAGAUGUGAAAGACCCUGAGCACUUCCCCUUUGUAGUUCUGGGUAACAAGGUAGACAAAGAGGAUAGGCAAGUGACUACUGAGGAGGCACAGGCCUGGUGCAUGGAGAAUGGAGAUUACCCUUACCUAGAAACAAGUGCCAAAGAUGAUACUAACGUGACAGUGGCCUUUGAAGAAGCGGUCAGGCAGGUGUUGGCUGUAGAGGAACAGCUGGAGCAUUGCAUGUUAGGUCACACUAUUGACUUGAACAGUGGCUCCAAAUCAGGAUCUUCAUGCUGUUAAAAGUAGGAAGCCUUUUCAAAGUGUGCCCCAAAUUGGUCAGUCAGUAGCAUAAGAAUAACUGUGCCCCUCUAAGAGCGCACACACAUACAAAAGGGUGCGAGAUAAGGUUAUGAUGGUGAAUCAGAGCCUUUCAAAUUGAAGUUGUAGAGCGAUUUAAAAAAAAAAAAAAAGCUUUAUCAAGCCAAGUGUAUUUUGCGUGAUUUCUGCUAUUUCCUUCUUGUGUGUAUCAGGACACUUCAGAAAGCUUUAGUCCUGAGAGAUUUAAAUAUUUUUCACAUCACAGUUUAAACUUAGAAACCAGCCGCAUGAAGGAGUUAAAGAGCUACAGCUAUCCCUUAAAGCGUUCCAUUUAUCAACUAACAAAUGUCACCAUCAACUCUUGCCAAGCAGUUUCUGACAUGUCUGUCAAGGGGAAAAAAAAUAAGACUCUGAGCCGUAUUACAAUAAAAAUAAUAAUGCAAACAAAGAUGUUCUAAGCUUCAAUUAUAAAGAGGUUAUAAUGAUUAGGAAUGCAAAAGUAUAAUGAUGUACACUGCCUUGUUUAAAUCCUCAUGUGUGAUUUGCUCCCAGCUGAGCUUUUCAAGAAAUACUGUCUCAAGAAGAGAUACACUAACGACAUUGGAAAUUUAUUAUACUCCUUGUGUUUAAAGUAACAGGGUACUAGUGAAUGGAUUAUGCUCAAAUAUGCCAACCACCCUUGCAAAUAAAUGGUUGGUCUGCUUUCAUGUCGUAAGUCUACUUUUGCUGUGCAGGGAUGUUGCUUCUCUGGCAACCUCGUAUCAAUUUAACAAUGCUGUUUAGUAUAUGACUUUGGACACACUGCACUCUGCUCAUAAUUUUGAUGGUCCUUUGGUCCACAAUACUUCUCUCAGAGAAGCCUUCAGAACAGAUGGGAGGAUACUGGACUUUUCUUACAACGUUCCUUAACUCGAAUGUUUAUUGUAGAAGAAGGAACUGAUUUCUUUUAUGUUGCACUAUAUGUUCAGCUGGCCAAACUAAGACAUUGAAAGUAACAAAAGAGAACAUACUUUAAUCCAGUGUUAGAAUGAACGUCUCAUAAUUAGAGUUGUCCGACAGUGGAAUGGACUGCCUUAAUGGUGAACUCCCUUCCAGUGAAAAGAGUUAGGAAGAUGUGGAUGACCAGGUAUUGAAAUACCAUAAAAAAGAUUUUCUGUACUGGCUAGAUAUUUGGUUUAAGGUCCCUUCCAGCUCUAAGUUCUAGGAAUCUAUAAGCUACAAACUAUAUUUCAGUGCCAUGUUAUAAUUAGAUUUAUCUUAAGACAGCAGCUAAGACUAUGGAAAGGGACUUUAAAAUUUCUCAAACUAUUCUGGGAUCAGCAUUUAACAGCAACUACAUAGCUCUUUUGCUUUUGCACUAUGGCAGGAAAAAUUCUUGAGCUCUGAGUAAUCAUUACAUGCCCGAUAUAAACAUCCUAAAGAUACUAUAUUAAAAUGCAAAAAUGGUUUGUCAAAUCAAAAUCAAAACUUUGUGAUCAAAUCAAAUUUUGAUUUGACAAACCAUUGCCAGCUAUAUACUGUAUUAUGAAUAUGCAGUCUAGUUCUUGCCAGUUGAUCUAUUUGUCUUGCAUAGCUUUUAAUCUGUACUCUUAAAACAUCUCUGAUAAAAAUAAUGACCCAAGAUAGUGAGGGACAGUUAGAAAUGACCCCAGAAAGAGACCUAGGUCGGGGAGGGGACAGGAGCUUUCACAGGAAUAUAGCCUAGAACUCUCCAUUGUAGCCACAUAUGGAAUCAGCCUUACAUGUGGGACCUUAUGUGCUUUAAGAGCUCUGGGACUUUUUUGCCACAUAGAUAAAUGGAAGAUGAUAUUUCAUCCCAGUAAUACUCAGUAUUUCCCAUUUAAAUAUGGUCCUGACCCCAUUGUCCAACUAACUUUGAUGCCAGAAGUCAAAGCCAGAACUGGGACCCCCACGGCUCUUAAGUAUUGGUCCCUAUCCUGCCUAUGCCUAUAGCCAGCCACACUGGUCUCCCAGUUCUAUGAUUAUUUUGCUACAAUCAUGUUAGGGUGAAAAUCUGUACAUCAGAAUUGUUCAAUGCUAAUUGUUUAAAAGUGCAUGAGACCUGGGGCCUUCUCUUUCUACUUGCACUCUGCUUAUAAUAGUUUCUAUCUGUAGAUCUCAGGCCUUCAUAAAGAACUCCACCCACUCACAAAAGUACUUGUCACUAUUUGAAUGGCAUGUGAUCAUUUAAAUAAAAAAAUUACUUGAGUAUCCCAUUCAUAGGCCUCCUGUCCAUCCAAGACAAGUGUUCAUUUUAUUGGCAGGUCAAUUGAAGCCCCUUUCCCCUUAGCCACACCAAUUUUUUUUUUUUUUUGCCAAAUCACUACACAAUAUCUUAAUGAAAACACUUAACAUUAAGUGACAAAAACAGUGGCAUUUUGGUGAGUAAUACUCAGUGGGGUGCUCACAUAUAGUUUGGAUAAGAUUAAAAACCACCAAAGGCUGAAAUCUGUGAGUACCAGGAACUGUGCACAUAGGCUUAGAAAUUGUGUACUCUAGAAUGUGCAGUGCAAUAUUUUCAGUAGGUGUUUUUUUAAAUGAACACUGGAUUUUUGAACAAGAUAUUUCUAAUUGGAACUAUGCUGUUUUUCAAUGGUCCAUUAAACAUCAUACAGAAUAUUUAUUUAAUUUAUUUUCAUGUAUUGGGCUAACAUUCAAGGGGCCUCAGUUUCCAUAUGUCUUCAGUGGAUUGACGAAUUUCAGGUUAAUUUGUGCCUGCCUCAGUCAUCUCUACUUUACCCUGAGGUAUUCCACAAUCCUCUUGUUGCAGGUGCUGCUAAAAACUCAAAAUUGUGUAUCAGAUAUUUUGUUUCAACUGUAAAAAAUCAUCUGUGUUAAAGUGAAUAAAAAGUGCAUUUUGAAU